AUGCUGCGUACUUCAAGACUCCUGAAGACUUCGACGGUUUUAAAGUACCAGCGUGGUAAUUCUUUGGCCUUAAGGGUAAUCAAACCAAGAUUUGCAACUUCAAUACCUAAUUUACCCAAAUCUAUCAACUAUAGCGGUAAAUUAACAUUCAAUGAAGCAAUUCUGAGACGUUCUUCGAAGAAUAAUGAUAGUGGCAAGCAUGUCCCAGAACAGAAGAAGAAGGAUAAUGACUCUGGAGAAAAUAAAGGAGAAGAAGAAAACGAUGACAUAAUACCUGAACAAGACCAUGAAACGAAGAAGAGUGAUGAGACCAUCUCAAAAAUAGCGAACGGUGAUUCUAUGCCACCUUCCUCAGCUUCUUCUUCGGGGAAUGGUAAUAAUCCUGGAGAUAGCCACAGUAAUAGCAAUGAAAAUGAAUUGCCUGAAAUAUAUCCUAAAAUGUUGGCACUUCCGAUAUCAAGACGUCCAUUGUUUCCUGGUUUCUAUAAAGCUGUUGUCAUUUCAAAUCCCAGUGUUAUGGCUGCUAUAAAAGAAAUGCUUGACCGUCAGCAACCAUAUGUUGGUGCAUUCAUGCUGAAGGACUCCGAACUUGAUACUGAUCUGAUUACGAAUCAAGAUCAGGUUCAUGAUGUUGGUGUACUAGCGCAGAUAACAAGUGCAUUUCCUAGUAAAGAUGAAAAAACUGGCAAAGAGACGAUGACGGCACUACUUUAUCCUCAUAAGAGAAUUAAAAUUGAUGAAUUAUUCUCUCCAAAUGAUAACGAGAAAGAGAUGCCUAAAAUUGAAGAUAUCAAGGUAGAAAAAAUUACACAGGAUGAAAUUGAGGAAGAUGUAAACCCAACUGAAUUCUUAGAUCAGUUUGAUGUCUCUCUAGUGAACGUUUCGAACUUAAAUGACGAGCCCUUUGAUAGAAAAUCGCCAAUAAUAAAUGCGUUAACGGCUGAGAUAUUAAAAGUUUUCAAAGAAAUAUCCCAGUUGAACACAAUGUUUAGAGAACAAAUUGCUACUUUUUCAGCAUCUAUUCAAAGUGCAACAACCAAUAUAUUCGAGGAACCAGCAAGGUUGGCAGAUUUUGCAGCUGCAGUUUCAGCUGGAGAAGAAGAAGAAUUACAAGAUAUUUUGAAGUCAUUAAAUAUUGAACAACGUUUAGAAAAAUCCCUACUGGUUCUUAAAAAAGAACUAAUGAAUGCGGAGUUACAAAAUAAGAUUUCAAAAGACGUUGAAACCAAAAUUCAAAAGAGACAGAGAGAAUAUUAUCUGAUGGAACAGUUGAAAGGUAUCAAGAGAGAAUUGGGAAUUGAUGACGGCCGCGAUAAACUAAUUGAAACUUAUAAAAAAAGAAUUGAGAAACUGGAACUUCCUGAAGUAGUACAAAAAAUUUUUGAUGAAGAGAUUUUGAAACUUUCCACAUUGGAAACUUCCAUGUCUGAAUUCGGUGUCAUUAGAAAUUAUUUAGACUGGUUAACUACUUUACCAUGGGGCAUCACUUCAAAGGAGCAAUACUCUGCUGCCAAAGCCAAAAAUAUAUUAGAUCAAGAUCAUUAUGGUAUGAAAGAUGCUAAGGACCGUAUAUUAGAAUUUAUUGCGGUAGGGAAACUGUUGGGGAAAGUUGAUGGUAAGAUUAUCUGUUUUGUCGGACCACCAGGUGUUGGUAAAACUUCCAUUGGUAAAUCCAUAGCUAGAGCAUUGAAUCGUCGAUUUUUUAGAUUUUCAGUCGGUGGUAUGACUGAUGUAGCAGAAAUCAAAGGUCAUAGAAGAACUUAUAUAGGUGCCUUGCCAGGUAGAGUAGUGCAAGCUCUGAAAAAAUGUCAAACACAAAAUCCAUUGAUUUUGAUCGAUGAGAUCGAUAAAAUUGGGCAUGGAGGAAUACAUGGAGAUCCAUCCGCAGCAUUAUUAGAAGUAUUAGAUCCUGAACAGAACAAUAAUUUCCUAGAUAACUAUAUCGAUAUUCCUAUCGACUUAUCUAAGGUUUUAUUCGUUUGUACAGCAAACACUUUAGAUACAAUCCCAAGACCUCUACUGGACAGAAUGGAGGUUAUUGAGCUAACAGGCUAUGUAGCCGAUGAGAAGGUUAAAAUUGCCGAGCAAUAUUUGAUACCUCAGGCGAAGAAGACAGCUGGUUUAGAGAAUGCCAAUGUAGAUAUUACAGAAGAAGCCAUUGUUUCUCUAAUGAAGCAUUAUUGUAGAGAAAGCGGUGUCAGAAAUUUGAAAAAACACAUUGAGAAGAUAUAUCGUAAAGCUGCUUUGAAGGUUCUUGAACGUAUUACUCCAAAGGAGGAGACUCAAGAGAUAAUCAAGGAAGAUGCUACGUCUACUAACCCUAGUGCUACCAAUGAGGAGACUGAUAUACAAAUUGAGAAGACAAAUGAAAAUGCAGAAGCCAUGGUAGUCCCAGAUGAAAUCAAAGUUGUCGUUGAUAACCAACAUCUUAAAGACUACGUCGGUUCCCCAAUUUAUACCACAGACAGGCUGUACGAAACAACGCCUCCAGGUGUAGUAAUGGGUUUAGCAUGGACAAAUAUGGGAGGUUGUUCACUUUACGUUGAAUCAGUACUCGAACAACCUUUAUCUAACUGUGAGCAUCCAACUUUAGAACGAACAGGUCAGCUGGGAGACGUCAUGAAGGAAUCCUCCAGGUUGGCGUAUUCAUUUGCAAAAAUGUAUCUUGCAAAACAUUAUCCUGAAAAUAGAUUCUUCGAAAAGGCAUCAAUUCAUUUGCAUUGCCCCGAGGGCGCUACUCCAAAAGAUGGACCUUCAGCUGGUGUUACAAUGGCUACGUCAUUCCUCUCCUUAGCUCUUAAUAAAUCUAUUGAGCCAACUGUUGCAAUGACAGGUGAACUGACACUGACCGGGAAAGUUCUACGAAUUGGAGGUCUGAGGGAAAAGGCUGUUGCUGCUAAGAGAUCCGGUGCAAAGACAAUUAUAUUCCCCAAGGAAAAUGUCAGUGACUGGGAAGAAUUGCCUGAAAACGUUAAAGAAGGUUUAGAGGCCCUUCCAGCGGAUUGGUAUGACGAUGUCUUCGAGAGACUGUUUUCUGACGUCGGUACCAUAAAAGGUAACAAUGUUUGGAAACCAGAAUUUGAAAUUAUAGACGCUAAACAACGUGAGCACGAGCAUAGGAGUGAUAAAUAA